UGACAGACAUGUGUGUGAUUGAUUGAUCCGCAUAUGAUCGGCAUACGCAUGCGUAUGGUGCCGCCGACCCACCGGCAUGCAUAUGGGUCCGCCGACAGGCCAAUCAUCAUCAACGCGACCACAUGCAUCGCAUCAGGCCACAGGCAACAAUAGAGAGAGGAUUGAGCCAUGGAUCGGAUCGCAUUGGAUGCAGCGAGUGACUGUAUACCUGUACAGGGAGGAGGAAGGGGCCGACAUGGGGCAAGGCACAUGACAUGGCUCCCACCCGCUCGCCCACCCACCACAUGCAUAUGACGUUUGUCUGCACUGCACGAGAAAAAGGGAUUGGAGCACAUCGCUCCAGUAUCUAUGGAUGUGUGUGCAUGAAAGCGUUCAGCAAAAGCGCCUCGGCGACCGAGUGCCAUGCAUGGAGUCACACACAAACAGCAUGAUGUCAGGACGACACACACAGAGAGAGAUUGUAAGGUAACCCUCCCGCCGACCCACCAGCCACCACCCACCAGCCACACGCAUCAAUCAACCGCCGUGCGCCCACAAGCAGGCAAAAUGGCCGACUGCAUGGGAACAGCCUGUCUGUCUGUGUGUCUGUCUGUCGGCUGUGAUGUGUGGAUGUGGAUGGGCAGCGAGUGUGAAACACACACCGCCGUGUCUGUAUGUGUGUACGUCUGGAUGUUUGUGUGGAGCAAGCAAUGGGUCACGGCAGCCAGCCACUGACAAUAAAUGCACACACGCAUAUCGUGCAGCGCAUUAGCAGGCAGGCAGAUGGACAGAGACCGGCCGGUGCGCAAAGGCUCCGCCCAGCCUGACACACACACGGAAAGACAGACAACAUUGCGGGCGUCGUGUACGUGUGCAUCUGUAUCUGCGGCUCGUGUCAGUCGUGUUUGGUGCACACCUCAGCUGUCUAUUGGCCGAAGAUCCUGGCUGAGAUGACGGCCCCCAGCACCGCACGCGCCAGCCGAGUGGUCUGAGGGAAGCGGUCCUUGAAGGCACCACCCCAAGCACCACCCACACCAGACACAGCCGACUCGGUCGUCGCAACUCUCACACCCACUGCAAGCGAAUGACAGGAGAGGAAACACACUAAAGUGGUUUCUCACCCUCUUCCCCUUCUCUGUUGCGUGCUGUGCUGGGCUGACAGGCGGAGGCUUCCGUGAUCUCGAUCCAUGCCAGGAAUGAGUGGCUGGCGUCGGUUAGGACGAGACGACGAUAAGCAAAGCGGUCACGGGAGAAGCGGCCUGAUGCCGUUGUGGUGCAUCCCUCCACUGGUGUGUGUGGGGACUGUGGCAUGAUGGUGUGCAGCCGGUUGUUGUCGACAUGCCUGACCGGUGAAGGACACACACAGAUGACAAUGCCCACACAGGGUGAUGCCCAACCCUGACCUGUCGACAGAACGGUAAGUGCUGUUGACCUGGUGAGUCCACACGAAGUGGUUGAGGACGAUGCUCUUGACAAACGACGAUACAGACGAGUAGUCGAGAGGACCCAGCAGUCCCAGCGGCUGCGGCCGCCAGCCCGCAGACCGAUAUUCUAUUCUGCUGCGGACGGGCGGGUCAUGCGGCUGUCGGUGCUGCUGGUAGGGGUGGUUGGGAGGGAGGGACGGGUCGAUGGUCAUCUCGAAGCCGUACUGGUCCUUGAUGGCCCUCAGUCUGUUGCCGUGGUGGAACAGCUGGAAGGUCACGCCGUCGCUUAAAUCGAUGUAGGGGCCGACCAUCUUGAGCUGAGCCAACACACGAGGAAUGGCCAAAUACACCUACACAACCACACACGCACACACACACACACACACACAGAGAGAGAGAGAGAGAGAGAAGAAUGAAUGAGGUCCUCUCUAUGCCCUCCCGCCCCUUUGUGUGCGUCUCACCGUCUUGCUGGCGUGUCUGUUGAUGUCGUCGGCAGUCAGCCACACCGGCAGCGUGCAGCGGCCGCACUGCGCCGCCAGCCGCAGUAUGUCCGUCACCUCGUCCCACGUCUGCUCCUCCACCAGCCACAUGGCCGCUAGCAGCACCCGUGGCUCAGACACCGUCUGGGCGUCGAAGGCCAGCACUGCGUCGAGCCGUGUGCCGUCGGCGAGCCGAAUUCGAUGCAGCGAGUGGGUGAGUCGGGUGCGGAGGGCAUUGGGAGGGAAGUCGACGAGGCUGUGGUGGCGGGCCGCCACUCUAAGGCUGCCGACGUCCUUGACCUUGAGCAGCCGAACUCGCGAGUCACCGAAGAUGCAGCGGACGGCCUCGCCGUUGAUGACGGGCGAGUCCAGGUCGCUGCUUCUGCUGCUGGGCCGAGGCUGAGUCAUGGCGGACGCAACAGUAACUGCAGACAAGAAAGAGCACACACACACACACAACUGCUUACAGUGUCACAGUGGAUGGCGCAUUCAUGAAUUGCUUUGCUUGUGGAAGGCAGCCGACCCACCGAUCUGACGCAGCACCGCUUCUGCCCCAUUCGCUUAGGGCAGGGCCAAAAGAUGUGCUGCAAGCUCACGAUGGGGGAGAGGAAGAACGUAAAGCAGGAAACUAGCAUACCAUCCGCCCUCUAUCGGCCCUCGGCCACAAGGCCAUCCAAUAAGUGCAUUCUUUGCACAUUUCGUCGCCCCUGCCUCGUCGCCUACGGGAACCCACUCUGCAUCCGGAAUCACACAGUGAUCAUAUAGAAACCGGCUCUGAUUUCUAUUGUGCAGCACCUGGAAUCACGGAAUCAGAAAUCGAAAUCGUUACCCCCCACUGGCGAAGUGAUUUUGGUUCUGAU